UGGUUAAACUUAGUAUGGUAGCACUUGUAUUGUUUACACUUUGAAUCAAUAACUUGGAGUAUUCUCGUUUGUAUGCCUUAUUGGAUAAAAGAUAUAAAAUGUUAAAUGAAUGCAUUUACAUGCAAUCUAUGCAGGGUUAAAGUGUCUUGCUCAAGAUCAUAAUGAUGAUCAAUGAUCUCAGUAACUCUAUGCUUUCCCUCUGGAUUUAAACCUUUGGUUUAUAAGUAUCAUGUAUUCCUGCUUAAUGAUCGUUUUUCUGUAUCCUUUCAAUAGCUCACAUACUCAGGAAAUGUGCUGAGUGCACGCAAAAUGUCCAAGAGUAGUCCUAAAAUAAUGAAAGGGUGCUUUUAUUGGUGCUCAUGAUUUUUUUAUAGAAUCAUGACUCAGCCCGCUGUUAUGAGGAGACGGCCGUUCGGUCAGAGACAAAGAAACAUGAAGCCUUAUCAUCUGAAGCACAGGCCCGUUUAGCACAAACAUCCUGUUUAGCUCAGAUAAUAUUGAGUGGGAACUGCUACAGAUGGCGUUUGUGAAAGUCUUCCCUCAUUGGUUUCAUGCCCAGAAAGCUGGAUAUUUGGAGAUGCUUUAUAGAUCUGAUCAAAUGUUGAAGUGCUAAACUAAAGAGAAAUCUUUUGCACGAGGAUGAGAGUUUAGAGACGGCGUGUUUGUGAGAUCUCAGUGAUGGAGCAGGGAUCAGAGGAGGAUAUGGAGAGCUCGUGGACUUUGCUCUCCUGGCUGGCCUCUUGCGUGAUGGUGUUCGGUGGUGCCGUGCCCUACAUCCCCCAGUACCAGGAGAUCCAGAGGACCAAUAACGUAGAAGGAUUCUCCACAAGAGUCUGUCUGGUGCUGCUCAUUGCCAACAUACUGCGCAUCUUCUUCUGGGUAGGUAAGCAGUUUGAGAUGCCUUUGCUCCUGCAGAGUGUGGUAAUGAUUUUCACCAUGUUGGCAAUGCUGCAUUUAUGCUGUGCCAUUCAGUCCAGCAAUCGUGUCACUACCAAACUACACCAUAUCGCAGAUUUGGACUUCAGGUAUUUCUGGAGCUGGAGUUCAUUUGAAGACUAUCUAAUAUUCUGCUUCGCCUUCACGUUGCUGUGUGCAUUUAUAACAUUCUUCUUUCUGGACUGGGUUUUGUUUGUGGAGGCUCUGGGCUCUUUAGCUGUGAUGUUUGAAGCCAUGCUGGGCCUUCCUCAGCUCCUGCAGAACUACAACAACAGAUCCACCCGAGGCAUGAGUGUAAAGAUGGUGCUUUUAUGGACUGCUGGUGACAUCUUUAAGACAACGUACUUUGUGAUCAACGAAAGCCCCGUCCAGUUUGUGGUCUGUGGCGCAGUGCAGAUCAUGAUUGACAUUGCCAUUCUGCUCCAGGUGGGAUACUAUGGCCAGGACUCCAGAAUCAAACUGGGAUGAUGUUACAUUUAAACAAUUGUGAUGAUAUUCACCACUUCUUAUCAAGGACGUAUACAGUACGUUAGUUGCCUACUACAAAACUCUGGACUGUGUUACUUUCAUCAGUGUUUUUAUUACAUAUACACUAAGGGUCUGUAAGUCCAUGACUCAAUUUUGAAGCAUUUAGAAUCUAUAUUUCUAAAAAAAAAUAUUAGAAGUUACAGUAUAUUAGCAGCGAGUAAUUGAGUCUUUAAUGACAAACAUGCACUUAAGCCGGGAUGAACUCCAUAAUCCAUAUCACAUUAUCCCAACAUAAUUUGAGAACGCUGGAAAGAGCAUCAUCAUUUAUUGGAAAUGAGAAAAUCUGACCUUUUGUACUUGCUUAGUAACUGGGAAAUAGUCACAAUAUGACAAUCACAUCUGAGGUAAGGGUUUUAGUUUUAGUUCGUAGUUUUAAAGUUGAGUUUUUUUGAGAGCUGCUAGUUUUUAGUGCAGUUAAACUACUGGGAAUGUAUGUGUGCCUAUGUGCCGAUUGCAUCUGCCAUAACCUAGAUUCAAACUGAUAGCUCAUUUAUCAACAAUUUGUGGAUCUUUCGCAUUUAAAAGCGCUAACACACUGUUACAUAGCUGUAUAAAAAAGUCUGUAUUUUAAACUGUCAGACUUUUAAAUCCAAUUAAGCCUCUGAGUCAAGACCAUUUGCUGAUUUUAAUUACCUGAAUAUUUUAGAGAAAAGGCAUGAAGGGUAUGCCAUAAAUGCAUAAUGUAAAACUGAUAUAUUAAGCUUGAUUCCAGUGCUAACUUAAAAAAAACUAGUUGUGUGGAUUAGGUGGGUUUAAUAAUGUACAUAGAUCAAUAGUUCCCUAUCAGAAAGUAAUUUUACUAAUAGAUUGUUCAAUUUCGCCUUAUAGUAACAGCCAGUGCCUGAAUUAGACUUUUAUAAAUGGGGUGGCCAAGGCUUUUUUAUGUGUUUAUGUGUUACCCUGUAUCAAAAAAGCAUGAAUGAAUCUCAUGAUUUCUGAUUACUUCACAUUACCCCACAUUAGAUAAAGAUUCCUGCAUGCAUUACUAGCACAGAUGGGUGAUUCUCACAAAAUCCAGAUUUAGAAGGUGUCCAGCAUCAGAAUUUUUUAAAAGCCCUUGGAGCCAUUUUUUUUUUUUUGCACAUAUAAGAUUAAGGUCUGAACUUACUAUACCCAUUAUU